AUGGAGGACUCUCCUUGCUAUUUGCUGACUGUGAAAAUCAUACAGAUAAAAAAUCUACGAAAGGCAGAUUUAUUUAGCCAAUCAGAUUGCUAUGUAAGCUUAUUUCUGCCAACUGCUUCGUUUGAAAAGGUUCGGACCAAGACUAUUAAAGACUGUAAGAAUCCAAUGUGGAAUGAAACCUUCUACUUCAGGAUACAGAAUGAGGUCAAAAAUGUUUUGGAGCUGAGGGUUCAUGAUGAAGAUGACUGUAUCACAGAUGACCACCUCCUUACUGUUCUCUUUGAUGUUUAUAAAAUCCAACUUGGAGAAACUGUUUGCCUGACAUUUCCACUCAACCCACAAAUUCCAGAAAACCUGGAAGUAGAAUUUUGUCUGGAGAGCAUAUCUGAUUGUUAUCAAAUAAUAUAUAACGGUGUCUUAGUGUCUCGUGAAAUCUCCUGCUUGGAGGUGCAAGUGAAUGAGGAAAAGAUGGCAAACAAGGAAUUAGGAGGCAAGCUUUCAUUAAAGCUAUUGGAAGUUUCCUUUGAUAUUCCAAAGGCGGUUUUAGAGAAAGGAUUUUGUCAAGGCUGUGGCAGGCCAAACUCUCUAGAUGUGCGUUUGGGGUAUGACUUAUGUGUGGAUGAAGAAACAGUCAUACAGAAACGAAAGAAGAUUGCUGCAGUUGCACUGCAGAAAAUUCUCUACUUAAAGAGGGAUUUGCAGGAACAUGAGGUGCCUGUGGUGGCAGUCAUGACAACAGGGGGCGGUGCCAGGGCAUUUACAGCACUACAUGGUAACCUAUUUGGUCUUCAGAAAUUGGGUCUCUUAGAUUGCAUUUCAUAUAUCACUGGAUCUUCUGGCUCUACAUGGACCCUAUCAAAUCUCUACCAACAUGCUGACUGGUCACAACAAGACCUCACAGGAGCAAUUGCAGAGGCUCGCAAGAAUAUGACCAAAAGCAAGGUGGACCUCUUUUCUCUACACAACUUACAGGAAUACAGCAAUGCUUUGGAGCAGCGGCAAAAGCAAGGCUACAAAACAUGUAUUACAGAUCUUUGGGGACUACUUAUUGACAAAGCAUUAGGCAGUGGGAAAAGCAGCACACUUUCAGGGCAGAAGCAUGCUUUGAGUCACGGUCAGAACCCUCUGCCAAUAUACAUGGUUCUCAACACCAGAGACAAGUACAGCCUUCCAGAAUUUAAAGAAUGGAUGGAAUUCACUCCUUUUGAGGUUGGAUUACUAAAAUAUGGUGCGUAUAUUGAUUCUGAAGAUUUUGGAAGUCAAUUCUUUAUGGGUCGGAUGAUGAAGAAGGUUCCAGAAUCUGAAAUCUGUUUCAUGAAAGGUGUAUGGAGUAAUGUAUUUUCCUAUAACCUGCUGGAUUCCUGGCGUGCACUUGACACUUCAGAAGAAAGUUUUUGGCACAGGUAUACCCGUGACCGAGUAAAGGAUAUAGGUUCAGCUGAGCAAUGGAAUCUAGAUAAUGAGAACUUUUAUAUAUGGAAAGACACUGCACUUGACACUUUUCCAAACCAGUUGACAGCAACAUCAGAAUAUCUAACCCUUGUAGAUACUGCUGCAUUCUUAGACAUCAGCUACCCACCACUUUUGAGGCCUGAGAGAAAAGUGGAUGUCAUCAUACAUUUAAAUUAUUCUUCUGGAUCACAAACAACAACUUUAGAUGAAGCAUCCAGAUACUUCUCAAAGCGAGAUAUCCCUUUUCCUAAAGUGGAUCUGAGCCAUGUUAAGGAUGAAGAUUUGAAGGAGUGCUAUGUCUUUGAAGAUCCCAAGAACUCAAAAGCUCCUAUUGUGGUUUUCUUUCCUCUAAUAAAUGACACCUUCAAAAAAUACAAAGCACCAGGUGUAGAGCGCAGUGCCUCUGAAAUGAAGCAGGGCCAAGUUGAUGUGACCAGCCCACAUUCUCCAUAUGGCUUAGAAAACUUUGAAUACACAGAAGAGGAUUUUGACAAACUUGUGGGACUGACUAGCUAUAAUAUCCAGAAUAAUAAAUACUUGAUCCUCCAGGCUUUGUACAGGGCAAUAGAAAGAAAAGGACACCAGAAGAAAUAA